CUUGGUACUGUAGUGCUGCUAGUACUCUACAAUACAUUAUUGAUAACAGCUGUAUUGACUAUGUAUCUGUCGACGGAUUUACGAAGGGAUACAUGGUUUUAAUGGCUGCCCACAGAAGGGAAAGAAGUGUGUAGUCCCAGUGUGGGAGAUGAACCGCUACACCACACUGAGACAGCUGGGGGAUGGCACUUUUGGCAGCGUGCUCAUGGGCAAGAGCAAGGAGUCUGGGGAGCUGGUGGCCAUCAAAAGAAUGAAAAGGAAGUUUUAUUCUUGGGAUGAGUGUAUGAAAUUGAGAGAGGUUAAGUCUCUGAAGAAGCUGAGUCACGCUAAUGUAGUCACACUGAAGGAGGUUAUCAGAGAGAAUGACUACCUCUACUUUGUUUUUGAGUAUAUGAAAGAAAAUCUCCAUCAACUCAUGAGGAACAGAACCAAGUUGUUCCCUGAGUCAGUCAUCAGAAACAUGAUAUUUCAGAUUUUACAUGGACUGUCCUUUAUUCAUAAACAUGGUUAUUUCCACCGGGAUAUGAAACCAGAAAACUUGCUGUGCAUGGGCCCAGAACUGGUUAAGAUAGCUGACUUUGGGUUAGCCAGAGAGAUCCGUUCCCAGCCACCCUACACAGACUAUGUGUCCACAAGAUGGUACAGAGCUCCUGAGGUGUUGCUUAAGUCCAGCUCCUACAGCUCUCCUAUUGACAUAUGGGCCGUCGGCUGCAUCAUGGCUGAGCUCUACACACUCAGGCCACUGUUCCCCGGCAACAGCGAAGUGGAUGAAAUCUUCAAGAUCUGUCAAGUGCUAGGGACACUGAAGAAGUCGGACUGGCCCGAGGGAUCCAACUUGGCUGCUUCAAAGAACUUCCGCUUCCCCCAGUGUGUUCCAACCAGCCUGAGUGCUCUGAUCCCCAAUGCCAGCCAUGAUGCCCAGGCCCUGAUGAAGGACAUGCUGAAAUGGGACCCCCAGAAGAGGCCUACAGCUGUCCAGGCUCUACGAUAUCCUUACUUCCAAGUAGGCCAGGCUCUUGGCCCUCCUCCUCAGUACCUGGAGCAGCGGAAGGCCCAGGCCAGGGCUGCCCAGACAGCUACAGAGCCCAAGCCCCUCUCCCUCUGUAAGGACGACCCGCAGUGCACCUCUGACCUGAGUCUGCUCCAGAGUCAGCAAAAAGGUCACCACCAGCCCCUACAGCGGAUCCCCCUGCCACAGCAGAACAUGAGCCGUGGUAGCCCUGAGACUGACACACUCAAACAGGACCAGCCAGCACCAUUCAACCUGGUUAAGAGCACACAGCAGAAAGCAGCGCAUGCAGGGUCGGAGAACGGCAUGCCUGCGGUAAGAAGUGGCCGCAGGCGCUGGGGUCAAACGUCAGUCCGAUUGUCCGAGAGUUGCGAUGACGUUGACGAUCCAGGCGCCCCUUUCUCCAAACGACCCAGCAUUGAGACUCUGAGGGACAAGCUUAUGGAUGAGUCCAACUAUCGGUUAACAGACCAAAAGUCCCUCAAUAAAUACGAGACAGUUAUGAAACUACCCAGCAACAGUGGAUUGAACAGAGCAGACACCAAGGCCCCCUCAGUGAAACAGCAUUACCUUCGACAGUCCAGAUACCUACCUGGAGUGAACCCAAAAAGUAGUACUUUGGUGGGUACCCACGCUCCAAGAAAAUAUGUGUGGGGACAGUCUUCCAGGCAAGAUGGAACAGGGUUGCCUUUUCCUAAAGACUAUAUGCGGGCCACCAACAUCCCAGCAGGGAGUUACAUUCCAUCAUUUCAAAAGGGGGUAGGAGCAGCUAGACAUGGUAUUACACCAUUACUGGCACGAUUUUCAUGUACCUCUGCAAAGUAUGAAGGAUGGAAGAGCAAGUCUGCAAAGCCUCAAAUACCAGAAUCAACUGGAAACACUGGUGCGAGAAGUAAUCAGAUCCAGCCAGUCCAUGGGCGAGUUGAUUGGACAGCCAAGUAUGGGGGCUAUCGGUAGCACAGCUACUAUGUUAAAGGUUUGAAACUACAAUGAAAAAAUAGCCUACUAUUUGAUGCUGUCAGCAAAGAACGACUUUGUCUUUAGCCUGCACCUGUAUCUGUCAUGUGUCAACUGUUGUCUAGCAUUUCACAAGUUAUGUAUCAUUUCAAUAUUCCCUUUAUGUACAAUUAUUUUUAGAUAAGUGACUCCAGUUCAGACCCAAAUAAACAUUUUACUAAG